AUGUUCUUAUCCUCCCCCAAUUCUGUGGGAAAGUAGGAAACUGAGAAAACAUGUUGGGCACAACAUCCAGGGGAUUUUGACUUCAAAGCAAGUUUCUGGCUGCUGCACCUGCAAAUCUGCUAGAAAGUGUGUGAGAAAAACCUUUUAAAACAGCAGACAAGAAAAGCUGUUGAUUAUUUCUGCUAAGGUGGCAUAGGGCUUCAGGGCCACACCCAGCUUUUUGCCCUUCACCGUGACUAGCAAGGCAGGCCAAAUUAUGCACAAUAUGGGAAACGUGCAAAUCGAGUAAUUUACACAGACUGUAGAAAUAAGCCUUACUUAGCACAGAGUUUGGGUUGCCUUGAAGCCGGAUCGGUGUCUGUGGUCUAAAUCCAUAAGUGGCCCUAAUGUUGACUCUGAAUCUGCAGUCCUGUGUGUGUUUGCUUGGACUUACUUGUGAGUAAACAUGUAAGUAUGCUAUUUCCGUUCCACUCGCCUCAAUGGUUUUUAUUUCUCUUUCCAGAUUUUUGAGCAUCUGAGAGGUGUCAUCAAAGCACACCUUUAGCACGGGAAGAUGAGUGAACUUGACCAGUUACGCCAAGAGGCGGAGCAACUGAAAAACCAAAUUAGAGAUGCCCGGAAAGCAUGUGCUGAUGCUACAUUGGCUCAGAUCACAGCCAAUAUCGAUCCAGUGGGCCGCAUCCAGAUGCGCACUAGAAGAACACUGCGGGGACACCUGGCUAAAAUUUAUGCAAUGCACUGGGGGACCGAUUCCAGGCUUCUCGUUAGUGCCUCACAGGAUGGCAAGCUGAUCAUUUGGGACAGCUACACCACAAACAAGGUCCACGCCAUUCCCCUGAGAUCCUCCUGGGUCAUGACCUGCGCAUACGCCCCAUCUGGAAACUACGUGGCUUGCGGUGGCCUCGAUAACAUCUGCUCCAUUUACAACCUGAAAACACGCGAAGGCAACGUCCGCGUGAGCCGCGAGCUGGCCGGCCACACAGGCUACUUGUCGUGUUGCCGUUUUGUGGACGAUAAUCAAAUUGUGACCAGCUCCGGAGAUACCACCUGCGCCCUCUGGGACAUCGAAACGGGCCAGCAAACGACCACGUUUACCGGCCACACCGGCGACGUCAUGAGCCUGUCCCUUGCUCCGGAUUCCAAGUGUUUUGUUUCUGGUGCCUGCGAUGCCUCUGCGAAGCUGUGGGAUGUCCGAGAAGGGAUGUGCCGGCAGACCUUCACCGGCCACGAGUCCGACAUCAAUGCCAUCUGCUUCUUCCCGAACGGCAACGCGUUUGCCACCGGAUCCGACGAUGCCACGUGCCGGCUGUUUGACCUCCGGGCUGACCAGGAGCUGAUGGUGUAUUCCCAUGACAAUAUAAUUUGUGGCAUCACCUCUGUAGCGUUCUCCAAGAGCGGGCGUCUUCUUCUAGCUGGCUAUGAUGACUUCAACUGUAAUGUUUGGGACACGCUCAAAGCUGACAGAGCAGGUGUCCUCGCGGGCCACGACAACCGUGUCAGUUGCUUAGGAGUAACUGAUGACGGCAUGGCCGUGGCCACAGGAUCGUGGGACAGCUUCCUCAAGAUCUGGAACUAAAGUCUGUAGAAUAGCGGUGGACUCCACACUGACUGGAAGACUUUUCCAACGUUGAAAGUUUAAAAUAAUGUAUCCAAUCCAACUGUACUAACUCGGACACCCCUUCACCUCUCCCCCAGUUGCUACCCAGCCACCCAAAGGCAAGACCUCUCACAUCUCCCGUUGCUGAAAUGAAGAGCACAAUUCUCUCUAAAAGAAGAAAUUCUGUGGUUAUAUACAAAAUAGCAAAAGAAGUAAAAUUGUGCAUUCCUUUUGGGACCACUUUUUGUCUAGAAAGCUAAAGAAAAACACUUGAGUAAGCAUGUCCAGACAAAAAAAGAGGAAAAAUACAUUGUGAAGCAGACAACUUUUAACUUUCACUGUAGUUUAAAAAUUGCGAACCAUUGAUCUGGUUUUCUGACUCUGAGUUGGGGUGGGAGGGCAUUGUUUUAAUCUCACUUUCAAACUUUGAAGUCGUGUUUGUAGCGGGGUUGUUAUCUACUUUUCGUCCAUACUUCCAUUUCCUUUCCUCUUUUUUUUUUUUUUUAAAUGCAGUUUGCUUUUACAGUCCAUUGUUGAGCCAAGACAAGGGAGUCCAAGCCCAGAUGCUUCUGGGAUUGUUAAUGCUGUAAAUUUAGUCCCUGAAUUCUUUUUUUAUUUCUGUCUUUAGUGUCACAAAUUGUUGCACAAAUAUUGCAUAUAUAGGGAUAAUGUUAAGAAGUAAGAUAACCAAGCACACGCUGUACAUGGCAUUGAAUGUUCGUUUAAAAAAAAAUAUUUCACCUUUUAUGGGUAACAACAUGCAGACUAGGUUUUUUCCACCCCACCUCACCUAUCAUGGCUCCGUUUUAUUUCAUUUCGUUUCAUUUUUAUUUAGGCAUAGUUUGACUUUCUGAUGCCUCACUGGAGGGCAGUCUGUAGCCGAACCUACCCCAUAAUCUCAACAAACAAGAUUCUUUGGUUUUGGGGGGCGGGACAGGGGAAGAGUUGGAAAGAGCUUGGCUAUUACAUCAAUUCUUUGUGUAUGAAACAAUGUACAAAUCAAUGUUUUUGAAAAUAAUGAUCUUAAACAAGAAGAACGGAAAGAAGAAAAUGUUUUGGUUUGCCAUAUUUGGUUGGAUUACUCUUUAGAAUCGCAUGCUGUAGAAAUGCUUGAGUGCAUAUGAGACUAAUGCGUCCUUAUGUGUUUUCUCUCAAGAAAUAACCUGUUCAUUUUCUAAAAAAGAAAAAGAGAAAAAAGUCAUAACCAUUGCUGAUCUCAUGUAUCGCUACUACUCUGAGCAUACGGAAAGCCUAUGGAGGAUGAAAAUUACCAAGCCAUGCGCAUUUUGGAGUGGUGCGAUAGCACUCUUCUCAAUUUAAAGGAAAGAGAGAAAGAAAGCACCCGGUUAAACAAUUGCUGUAGUUAAGAUUCUGGGGUGGAGAAGGGAGGAAAAGGGCCGAAAUUCCCAGUUGCCAGUUGGCUUAUCAGAUCAGGAUUUCUCCCCCUAACAAAGCUGCCUUUCCUGGCUUUGUGUUCUGAAAGUGAAAGGGGGGGGGGGAAGCCCUCAAGAGCAUUUGGACAGCAAAUUGCUUCGUCAAACUUCAAUUCUCCCUUUCGCUGCACCAGAAUUCCCCCCCCCCCCCUUCGCUGCAGCAGUGGCUUUUAUCCAUGUUGGGUUUCUUCCCUCUCUCUGCAAACAUCCUGUACAAAAUGUGCUGUAAUCGUGCGUUUUCAGGCCUGGAUUUGGCAUUUCAAAUUUUUAAAGACCUUCCCCACCCACCCCGCUCAUGGAUCCUGUAGAGCUUUUUCCACACCCUUGUAUCGUUCACCUUUUGUAUUUAAUUUUAAAGUCAGUGUACUUCAAGAAAGCUGGAUGCCAGAUAGAUACUAUAUUAAAAUGUACUGUUAUUUAAGAUGUAAUAAAGCAGUUUGACAUGA